AAUUCUUUCGGAACUCUUCUUUAUUUCAGGAACACGUGUUUUGCAAAAUAACAAUGGCGGCGAAUGAACAGAAGAAAAAGAAGAGGAAGAGUGAAUCCAUGGAUAUUGCUGAAGUCCAGCACUCCGAAAAUUUUCUUCUGAAGCCUUCAAGUGUUGUCGAACAGCUGGAUACAUCCCAAUGGCCCCUAUUGCUAAAGAAUUUUGACAAACUGAAUGUUAGAACUGCACACUACACACCCAUUCCUGCUGGAUACUCCCCACUGAAAAGACCAAUUCAAGAAUAUCUCAAGAGUGGUUUUAUCAAUCUUGACAAACCAGCAAACCCUUCAUCACAUGAGGUUGUAUCAUGGGUGAAGAGAAUUUUGCGUGUACAGAAAACUGGGCACAGUGGAACACUUGAUCCUAAAGUAACAGGUUGUCUGAUUGUCUGCAUAGAACGAGCCACACGAUUGGUCAAAUCACAACAAGGGGCGGGCAAGGAGUAUGUUUGUAUCUUCAAACUUCAUAGUGCUGUAGAAGAUGAAAAACUGGUCGCACAGAAAAUCGAGAUGAUGACUGGGGCACUGUUUCAGAGACCUCCCUUAAUUUCAGCUGUGAAAAGACAGUUAAGAAUUCGAACAAUCUAUGAGUGCAAGAUGUGGGAGUACAAUAAAGAGGAUGCAAUGGGUAUUUUCUGGGUGAGCUGCGAGGCUGGCACAUAUAUUAGGACCAUGUGUGUACAUCUGGGCCUCUUCCUGGGGGUCGGGGGUCAGAUGCAGGAACUCAGGCGCGUCAGAUCUGGCAUCAUGUCUGAAAAGUCUCAGUUGUACACCAUGCAUGAUGUAAUGGAUGCACAAUGGACGUACGACCAUCACAAGGAUGAAUCUUAUCUACGACGAGUCGUCAACCCACUCGAAGCUCUGUUAACCUCUCAUAAAAGAAUCAUCAUGAAAGAUACUGCCGUUAAUGCUGUGUGUUAUGGAGCUAAAAUUAUGUUGCCCGGUGUCUUAAGAUACGAAGAUGGAAUUGAAGUGAAUGAUGAAAUAGUGAUUGUAACAACAAAAGGAGAGGCUGUUGCUCUUGCCAUAGCUCAGAUGACCACAGCAGUGAUGGCCACUUGUGAUCAUGGAAUUGUAGCCAAAAUCAAAAGGGUUGUAAUGGAGAGAGACACAUAUCCAAGGAAGUGGGGGCUGGGCCCUGUGGCAAUGAAGAAAAAGAAAAUGAUCCAGGAGGGAACACUAGAUAAAUAUGGCAAGCCAAACGAAAAGACACCGUCUAACUGGAAGAAAGGCUAUGAGGACUUUAACAUUAAAAAGGAACCUACAGAGGAUACCCCAGUAAAGGAGAACUCUCACAAGAGAAAGAAGGAAGCUAGUAGUUCUGAUGAGAGUGAGCCACCAUCUCCCAAACCUGUAGAAAAUGAUGAGACAGAAAAAAAGAAGAAGAAAAAGAAGAAGAAAGACAAGGACCAGGAAGCGGACGAGGCCGGAGAUGCUCCCGAGGAGUCUCCUGAAAAGAAGAAGAAAAAGAAAAAGAAGCACAAGAAAAUAAAGACGGAAGAUAGUGAUUGAUAGACAGAUGGACAAAGUGAGGAUGAGUGAGAUAAUUACAGUGAGAGAGAAAGAAUGAAUUUCAUGUGGCAUUUUGUGUUUUAACAAGGCUUGCUUUAAAUAGCAGCAUACUGAUAACAGACCUGUGUCGAGGACAAAACUGACCAAUCACAGAUUAGAAACAUGACGAAAGCAGAUAGACAGUGGAUACUAGAUGUGUUCAUAUUUUGUACAUUACAUCUUUUUGAACUGUUAAGAAUAAACUUGUGAUGUUUAAAAAUAAAUUGUUAUUCAUGAUGUA